CAGGUGAACAGGUAUUUUACCGGCUUCGAGUUGUAGAGGCGCCAUUUCGUUCUGUGGGAUAGACGAGGACAGGAGUGUGUUACUGCUGUGUUGUAGUCGUCAAACUGUUAAACAUCAAAAAUGGCUGAUGAUGAAGUUGCUGCUUUGGUCAUCGACAAUGGCUCUGGCAUGUGUAAGGCCGGGUUUGCUGGCGAUGAUGCACCAAGAGCUGUGUUUCCAUCCAUCGUUGGACGCCCGAGACAUCAAGGUGUGAUGGUUGGUAUGGGUCAGAAGGACAGCUAUGUUGGUGAUGAAGCUCAAUCCAAGAGAGGUAUCCUCACCCUCAAAUACCCAAUUGAGCAUGGUAUUGUCACUAACUGGGAUGAUAUGGAGAAGAUCUGGCAUCACACUUUCUACAAUGAACUUCGUGUUGCACCCGAGGAGCACCCAGUGCUGCUCACAGAGGCUCCACUCAACCCCAAGGCUAACCGUGAAAAGAUGACCCAGAUCAUGUUCGAGACCUUCAAUUCCCCAGCAAUGUAUGUGGCCAUCCAAGCAGUGUUGUCUUUGUAUGCUUCUGGUCGUACAACGGGUAUUGUUCUGGACUCAGGUGAUGGUGUUACUCACACUGUCCCCAUCUAUGAAGGUUAUGCCCUUCCUCACGCAAUCAUGAGGCUUGACCUCGCUGGUCGUGACCUCACAGACUACCUUAUGAAGAUUCUCACAGAGCGUGGCUAUUCCUUCACCACUACUGCCGAGAGAGAAAUUGUAAGAGACAUUAAGGAGAAAUUAUGCUACGUUGCUUUAGACUUUGAGCAAGAAAUGGCAACAGCAUCUACCUCUUCUUCCUUGGAGAAGAGCUACGAACUGCCCGAUGGCCAAGUGAUCACUAUCGGAAAUGAGCGGUUCAGAUGCCCAGAGGCUAUGUUCCAGCCAUCUUUCAUCGGUAUGGAAUCCGCUGGUAUCCACGAGACCACCUACAACUCAAUCAUGAAGUGUGAUGUCGAUAUUCGUAAGGACUUGUACGCAAACACUGUUUUGUCUGGCGGUUCUACCAUGUAUCCAGGUAUCGCAGAUCGUAUGCAGAAGGAAAUCACCGCCCUUGCUCCAAGCACAAUGAAAAUCAAGAUCAUUGCUCCACCAGAGAGAAAGUACUCCGUCUGGAUUGGUGGCUCAAUCUUGGCAUCCCUGUCCACCUUCCAGCAGAUGUGGAUCAGCAAGCAGGAAUACGACGAGUCUGGUCCCUCGAUCGUCCAUAGGAAGUGCUUCUAAAGUAACUCUACUACUGGUAAAUACCACAGCAUAUUCAGCCAAACAAUUGAACGGACGGCAGGUGCCAGAGACAUGGUAACUGUUUGCUGUCGGCGCUUGCCUCGAUUGUGGUGUAACAGCACGUGCUUCUCGUGCCAGCCCGCUACAUGCCGGGGAUAACAGAUCUGAGAGACGCUAAUCUCAUUCCAGCAAUUAACACGUUAUCUAAUGACGUACAAUUCCAAAGUUCUUUUGUUGUUUUACAAAGUUUACUCCACCUUCCCGAUUGUAUUUUAUUUUUCUAUGUCUUUUGAACAUGUGAAGAAAGACGUUGCAAAUCGGAAUGAUUUCCAAAGCAAAAGCCAAAAAAAUGGACAGUUUUGUUUUUCACGGUAACGUGAAACAUUUAUUGUGAUUGUUUCAAUUGCUCCAAUCAGGAUUAAACAUGAAACAUCA